AUGACGGAUUCGCCUGUUUCGGUUGAGGACGCCGAGCUGGAUACGCCCACGAGCAUUCAGCCUGCGACGGAUGUCAAGAACGACAGCAAGGAAGUAACGCGGCCAAACUCGUCAGAGAAAGAGAGGACUACCUCAGAAGAGACAGUGAAGCUUUCAAACUCCCACUCUAUCAUCGACCAGACUAAUCCAAACCCUGUACCCCCGAAAAGUAACAAUGACGUUGCCCAUCGACAACCCAAUGAUGAAUUGGACCUUUCCAACAAGGCUUCUGCAGCAAAUGCGGCUGUUGCUCUACCCAAGGCAGACAGCACGGUAUCUCAGCGCAAUGACGUUACUGAAUCGAUCAAGCCGCAAACCGAUCCUGAUCAGGCGCCCAAGAAUGCUAAGAAGCGCUUCACCUUCCACCAAGUUUUCGAUAAGAAGGAGAAAGACAAUCAGAAGGCUACAAACAAAAGGGAGAGAAGGAGAACACUCACUUUUACGAAGAGCCCUGAAGCUUCGCCACAGGUCCCCCAGGAACCACCCGAGAAAUCGAAUGCUGUCAGCUCAGCGUCCGCGCAGCAGCCUGGGUCUCAAAAAGAGGACCCGGACUCCGAUGCCAUUCCCUCACAUCCUGCUGUGCGUCCUCCAAGCAUCAGAUCGAGCUCGUCUUCUGCCGAAUUAGGCCGAAAGCCCAAGCUCAAUACUCUUCCGGUCUUAAACACAACAGGUCCAUCCUACUCGCGCUGCGCCUGCUGUGGCAAAAUCAGGAGGCCACACGCUUUUGGCACGGAACUGUCACCUGUUCUCGAGAACGAGCAUUUGCGUGCGAAUUUCAGCUUGGAGGCGGAACGCACCUCGCACGAGUCUCGGCGCUAUACACCCAUCAUCCCAAUCGAGGUUGCCGACAAAGAUGACGUGCGCAGCAUCCGUACCGUGCAAGGCUCAAUAGAACCCAGAUAUUCUCACUCCAGCGCUGCCAGCGUCAGAAGCUCACAGUUCGAAGCCGAGACUUUCCCUCGCGACUCGAGCAGCAUUAGCGUUGCCACCGCCCAGACGACCAUCGCGUCGUCCGUGAGCGAUACAGAUAGCCAGACGACAGCGAAGAAGCGUACUGGCACCCUGGAUGAGGUCAAGCUGGUGCGCUUCUCCAGCUUGCAUGCGCGACGCGGAAGCGACACUGAUGUGGUGCUGGCUAACGAUGAAGAAAAGCAGGAGAUCGCGCAGAGCGUUCCCUUCGUGCCCCCGCAACUCCACAAACCUGUUCAGCAGCAAGCAGCAGAACACAGGCCUGCAUUGCUUCCAUCGCAGCACAAGCUUCUCCAACAACGGCAGUCACAACAGCACCCACCUGCAGUGAUGAGUGGCGCAGCCCCACGAGCGCCUCACCCUCUCCGCCAGAUCUCGCCGAUCGACCAGGUGAUCGAGAACCCGCGUGAUCAGCACACCGCGAGUGCGGAUGGAGGGAGCAUCGUAGAAACCGAGCGGCAGGAGAUCAAGCGGAUGCCUAAACAGGAUAUCAUCACCGUCGUUCCCCUGAAGAACCGCUCCACUGAUUCCGAUGCCUCGCCCACAAACAUCGAGACCUCGCCCCCCACCAAGGCACAGCCGAGUACAUCAGAGCCUGCCUCCGUUCUUCCCGCCGCUCCUCACAAAACUAACAAGCUGAGGAAAAAUCCUUCUCCCAGCGGGUCCUCCAUCUCCACGUCCCGAUCUCGCCGUCUCUCCCUACCGAGUCCCCACAAAUUCCGACUUUCUCCCAAACGAGGCGAAACGAUUCCACUCCCUUACACAUCCGCCCGACCGGGCCCACCGCCCGAGACCGAUCCCGCUCAGCGGCCCCCGCUGCCCUCGCAAGCCACAAGCAACCGAACCAGCAUGUCUUCGGUCGCCGAGGCCCGCGACCGCGCCGCCGCCGCCUCGAAGGCCAGCAGCCGGCGCACGAGCACCGACGUCGCGCACAGCAACGGCACCGACGCGCCAAUGCCAGCUGGCACCGCUGGGAACGUAGAUGCAACUCAGACGGUGCGCCCGAGUCCGAGCUUCGCCAGGUUCAUCGCCAACUUGCCGGCCACGCACGCAAGCAACGUGCCGGAUGCGAAGAAGUUCAGCUGGGGUCGAGGCGGCCUGAGGCGGGGAAGUGUCGGCACUGCUCAGCAGGGGCAGCAGCAUGGCCCGCCGGCGACGAUUGCGGAAUGGGAUGGCGAGGGUGGCUCAGUAGGGACGCGCACGCCGGUUGCGGUGGGAAGGAGAAGUCGGGCCACGAGCGUGAAUGGCGUGUCAGAGGCUGGAGCGGACAAAUUGCCAAUGAGUCCGAGCGAGAUGCGGCUACCGCAGUUGCAGCUGGGUGGGGGGCUUGUGAGUCGGAGUUCGACCAUGGGCAGGCUGUUGGGUGAUGGUGGCAAGGAUGACGGCGGCUUCAUGGUGGUUAGUCCCGUGGAGACGAAUGGAAGGAGCGGAGGCGGGUUUGUGGGCGGGAUCAAGCUGGAGAAGAUGAUGAGGGAGGGGGUUGGUGCUUGA